AUGCACGGCAGAGAGUUGGGAGACAGAGUCAUAACAGUUAAUAAGGCCCAGCCGAAGAUGGGUGGUGAUGACCCCCCGCCAGUUCAUGGCUACGGAGGUUACUCGUCAGGUGGAAGGUCUGGUGGUUAUGGUGGAGGAGACAGGUCUGCUGGUCCCGAUGAUUGCUUCAAAUGCGGCCGUCCGGGGCAUUGGGCCCGUGACUGCCCGUCGGCUGGCGGUGGACGAGGUGCUCGUCCGAUCUCCCCUCCACGCUCUAGUUAUGGAGGCCGUGGGGACCGUUAUCCAGAUUAUCGUGAUAGAUAUGUGGAUGAUAGAUAUGAUAGAAGUCGUGGUGAUAGGGACCGUUAUGACAGCCGGGAUGAUAGAUAUGCGAGCCGUGAUCGAUUUAUCAAUGACAGGUAUGCUCCACCGGCAGACCGAUUACCUGUGGAUAGGUAUGGAACCAUUGACCGUUACCCUCAGAAUGGAUAUGGCAAAGACAGGGCUUAUGAUAGAGAUGUGGCUCCUAGAGGUGUUGGUGAUCGAUAUGGAUCUGGUGGUGGUGGGCCCACACGAUACGAAGGAGGAAGAAGCUAUAGGGAGAGGCCCGGCCCAUAUGACCGUCCUCCUAGGAGGGGAGCCCGGCCCCUUUCUUUGGACCGUUACUGA